AUGGUCGCCUAUAAGGGCACAAGGGCUGGUAACCUUCGCCAGUAUGUCGCAAAGAAGCCUGACAAGUGGGGCUUCAAGUUGUUCUGCCGCUCCAGUGUGGAUGGGUUUGUGCAUGAUAUUCUCAUGUACCAAGGGGAGACAACCUUUGUGAGCCACCAUACUAUGCUAUCUGAAGAGGAGAAAGCCAUGUCUGUAACUUCCAAGUUUGUUGUCGCCUUAGUGAAUACCAUCAAGGACCCCAGAAACUCAGCAGUGUAUGCAGACAACUACUUCACAAGUAUAGGGUUGGCCAAGUACCUGAGAUCACAGUAUGGAUGCCGGUAUGUGGGCACUGCCAGGGAAAACCGAGUUGGUCAUCCUCCCCUGACGUCUGUGAAGGAGAUGAACAAGAAAGCGACACAAAGGGGGACACUGGACUAUGUCUCUUCUGAUGGCAUCCUUGUUGCAGGAUGGAAGGACAACAGCGUUGUGACAAUCUUGUCCUCUGAUGUUGGUGUGGAGCCCAUGGGAACAGUGGAGCGGUACGACAGGGCAGCCAAGAAGAAGGUUCCCAUUCCUUGCCCAUCUGUCAUCCAGAUGUCAACAACCGCAUGGGGGGCAUUGACAAGAGUGACAUGUUGA